CCAACUACGAUACAAAUAGCCACAAUGUCCUCACAGUCUCAGUGGUAUUACAUUCUCUCAAUCCCCAGAGUGGCUCCAAUCUUCUGCGUUUAUCAACAAAAAAAUGGUGAUUCCUCUCAUGAGGACAAUCCGACCUCCGUCAAGCCCACAAGCUUGCAAGAAGAGCGACUGAAAGUCAGGGUAUCUCCUGAAUCUUUCUCUGUUAGGGUUCCCCCAUGUGUGAGCGUAAAUCUCUCCGACCGUGAUCACCGGAGUUGGUUGAAGUGUCAUCGGCGAAAACUGGUUUUACUGCAGAAAGUUUGGGAAUCAGAGAACUGGAUCGAAUCGUGGUAGGAAUUUGUGGUGAGUACGUAGUGUUCAGAAUUCCUUCUUGAUUCGUAGGGGAAUACAGAAGAUCUUUGUCUUCUUUCACCAACAUAAUUGGAUCAUCUUGUUAGAGGCCAUAAGUGACCAACCAUGCUACAAUCGACAGCUUCUGAAGAAUAUCUCUAGAUAAUUGGAUCAUGAGGAAAUAAUUUACAAUCUGGAGGCUAUGGGAGGACAGGAUCUGCCUGCAAAUACUGCAACUGAGGUAAGCUAUUUCAAACUCUGCCACAUGGAAAUACCUUAGAUAUGUGUCUAUCAGUGGCGGAGCCCCAUUAUCUUGAAGGCAUGUAAAUUACAAAUAGAG